AUUUGGUGAAAUGGAUUAGAAUAUAGACAUCAUUAGAUUAAGAAUCUAAUCAAGUCUAGAUCUAGAUCUUAUUUUUUUGGUUGUACUUACUAAAACUUUGACUUUGUAAAAACAAAUAUUAGUUAUAAUUUAGAUCUAUUUUUAGACCAUUAGUUUAUGUAACUAUCAUAGAUACUAGAUCUAUAUAUAUAGAUCUAGAUCUACUCACUUGUAUUUCAAUUUGUAACUCAGUCUACUGACAUACUGACAACUCAAAGACUCAGACUCAGUCAACUGAACUGAUCUAGAUCUAGAAUCUACUAUCUAGAUCUAAAUCUAGAUCUAUCUAGAAUAACACAUAUAGACCUUCAGAAGAUUAGAUGGGUAAGCGAUACUAUUGUGAUUAUUGUGACAAGUCCUUUGCCGAUAAUCCAACAAGUAGAAAAGUACAUCUGACUGGAAAUGCUCAUUUGUCAACUCGAAAGGCUCAUUACGAUGCAUUCAGAGAUGAGAAAGAGAUUUUAGAGGACGACAGAAAGAAAAAACCAUGCCGGGCUUUUUUAUCAACUGGAAAUUGUAAAUUUGGCGAUAGGUGCCAGUUUUCUCAUCUCACUAACGAAGACAGGUUCCAUUUGUCUGAGGUCAUCAGACAGAAAGAAGAGGCAGCUAAAGUUAGGCUAACCCAGUCUGAUAGCUAUGGAGAAAAUGUUCAAGAUAAGCUGAAGGACUGGCUGGAUCAACGUAACAAAAAGGUGAAGCUGGAGUUCCCAGACGGUACUAGCUCACCAGAUACUGUGCAUGCUAUCAAAGUACCAGAAUACAAACUGGCAGAAUGUCUGACAGUUUUUACAAACUUGCCACCAUCUUUACUUCCUCCAACCAAGUCAGCCAUUUUGAACAGUGAAUAUGUAACUUGGGGAUAGUCAUGGUAUUAUUGUUGUAAAUAGUUAUUAUUAUUAUAGCUUUUAUAUAGUGCUACUUUCAUGCUUAUAGCAUGUUCCGAGCACUUUAGUCCAAUCUCACUUGUGGACCAGUGGGGGGGGGGGGGGUAUCUAGGAGUUGGUUUUCCGUGCUGCCUUAAGGCGCUCAGUAAACACAACUCUGCCCGAGUCAGGUGUCGAACCUCAAGCCCCCUUCUAGGUAGCCAAGACAAGCCAAGUUCAAGCGUACUUAGCCCCUCGACCACGCUUGCCCUGGAUGUGGGUAAAUAUGUAGGUUACAGCUGGGGCUAUGUAGCCAUGGGAAAUACUGCAUUCCUCAUUAAUCUUUGGACUUGAAGACAAGCCUUACUAGUUGCUACAUAUUUUGUGAGGCUUUAAAGAAGUUUAGUAAGAAUUCAUGUUGACCCUCAAUAAGCAUUGUCACAAGAACAAGGAUAAGAAGAUAAGAUAAUCUUUUCAAUACAAAAUUGUGUAUAUUAAUUAAUGUUUUUUUUAACUUUUAUAUAGCAUGCUCAAAAUGCUAUGGUCCAAUCUCAUUUAUGGACCAGUAGAGGAAGGGGUAUCUGGGAGAAGGUUUUAGGUUCUCAGUAGACACAACUCAGCCAAAAAAUACGAGCCCAAACAAGGUCUAGCUUACGUAGCCUCUUGGUCACACAUCUUGAAAGGGUGCGUCAUGCAAAGGAUUUCGAAUACUCAACAUUUCUAUUGUGUUUCACUUCCUGUUAUGUUGUUCUGACAUUUUGAAAUUAUACCAAGGCUUAAAAAACCCUAAAAUGAAUAAUUCUUCUUAAAGUUUGUAGAAUUGGGCAUUAUAUAUAUACUAUAGAUAAUUCCAUUUAAAACUUUUGAGAAAUCUAUGAUUAAAUCAGAACCUCUUUUUUUUUUUUAAAUGAAAUGUUUAGUUACUUCAUGUUUGUGUCAGGUAUUGGAUAUUGUGAUUAUGAGAGUGAAGUCUGGGCAGGUCAUGUGACCGCUUUGUAACAAAUAAUAAUAAUCUAUCUUUAUUAUCAUUGAGGAAAUUUUUUGUUUUACUGUUGUGCAAACGUUGUGAUUCACGUACCUUGGCAGCAUCAUAACAAAUGAUGGAGAUGCUUACCAUGAUGUGGCAUGUCGAAUAGGAAAGGCAGGGAGCAUUUUCCAAGGGCUGCAGCCUGUUUGGACUGGGCAGGCCGUUGGACUCGAGACGAAGAUGCACCUUCUCAACACAAUCGUCAUUCCAACUGCUACAUAUGCAUGUGAGACGUGGAAGUCAUCUGUCAAAAUUGAGAGAAGACUAAAUGUGGCUCAACAGAGAUGGCUGAGACGGAUUUUGGGAGUCAGUUACACAGACCGGAUCUCAAACAGGGAAAUCCUAUGCCGAACUGGGAGUCGAACACUUAGUGAGGUUGUGACUGAGCGUCGCAUGAGGUUUGCGGGACAUGUUCUACGUCAGGAUGAAUUGCGCACACCAGGAGUUGCGGUGGCCUGGGGGCCAGGGCGGGGAAAGCGCAAACAGGGACGUCCUCGUAUUGCCUGGCGGCGCGCCUUCAUGGAGGACCUCGGGGCAGUGGACACCGGAUGGGAGGAGGCUCCAGACGUUGCCAGUGACGGAUCGUUGUGGAGACAGCUUGCCGCCCAAUGCGCCGAACGGCGCGGGAGGACCUAAGUCUAAGUCUAAGUCUAAGUUGUGCAAACAAUAUAAUGAUCACAAACAAAAUGUACAUUUAUAGCUCAGUUUUAUUUAAACAUUAAUGUUUACAUCAGAAAGUUGUAUUGUAUUAAAAGAUUUGAUUACCUAGGGAACAAUAGAGUUCUUAUGUCAGUUUAUUGCUUCUACACUAUGAUGAUAAAACGUGACUUAAGGGACUAAUUUAAAUCUCACAAGCAGAAAUUUUUUUUUUGGUUGGGGACUCUUGAUGGUUAUUAUCAUGAAGUGUAUACACAUUUGGUCCUGUAUGGCUGCUAUUCAAAGUUAUCGAGCCAGAGGUGCAUGAUUCACUCCCUGGUUAGGACUUUCCACUUAUUUAAUUCACCCUUUACUCUCUUAAUAAAAAAUUAUUCUGUCAUUAUUUAUAUUAGGUGACAUUCAUGCAUCAGUUAUUAGUCACACAAGAAGUUGCAAAGGGAGAAGACGUGAAAUGCCACAGAAUUAGUUCUUAUAGCUAGUAACAUAUAAUUAUUAAAUUUAACUGAAUCUUAUUUAUUCUCACACUCUUAAGACUUUCACUUGUGUUUUGGAAUGAUGUGUAGAACAAGUUUUUAAGUAGCAUGUCUGAAGCCCUUUUUUAUACUUAUUGUUUAGCAUUGUGUGCAAAUAUCCCAUACUUUUCCCAGUUUUUCUUUGAUUGUAAUUUUUUUUUAUUAUGAUUCAUUUCAAUAAGAAGAGAAUUUUUGUUGUUAUUUUUUCCUAAAAAAAUGCCUUUAUAGAAAGAAGAAAACAAUUUAUAAAUGUUCAGUUCAUUGAAGCAUUUUUCUUCUUCAAUAUUUCAUUAGCAAAGUCUUGGAUGAUUUUGAUCUUAUACUGUUUGAAAUAUAUAUGUUAGGGCUAAUUGAGCUAAAGUGACCAAAAUAAUAUUCUAUUUCAUGUAUAAGUUAUUAGCAAAUAAAUUGAAUAAUGAGAUUAUUAUUGUAACCAAUUUAUUUUCAAUAUCUUUGCUUCUUGUUCCUCCUUUUUAAAUAAUAAAAAUAUUAUUUAUGAUGCUGACCACUGGUCAUCACAGGAAAGAAGAAAAAGAUUUUGAAGAAAAAUAGUUUCAUCUCUGAAUCUAAUUUUUGUCACCAUACUUUAUUUGCUUUCUGGUUGCUGUAAAAGUUUUUAUUUUUUACAUUUUUAAACAGAAAAAAUAAAUCUAUUUUUCUAGAAUGUUUUCAUGUCCAAGUCUCAUAGCCAAAGAUACACCGUUAUGUUAGAAAUGUUUCUUUUUCAUUUCUAUUUUGGUUUAAAUAAUAUUCUGAGAUGCAUAACUAAAUGGAAUGGAAUGAAAACAUGCUUACAGCACACUUAACAAAUAAGCCUAAAGCUUUGCUCAAUGGAUAAAGAGUUUUAAUCAAUCCUAGACAUUGUGUCAUACAAUGUGGACAAAAGAAAAGAGAACAACAUCAGAUUGUGGGUAGUGUGCCAGUCAAGUAACAAGAUUGUACAACUUUUCAGACAUAACAGGAAAUGUACACAAUAGUAACAUCAAUAUGCAGUUUAUUUAAACGAUCAUAAUUUGUCAAAUAAUCAUACUUCUAAAAUUGUAUUCUUCCCCCCUUUUUUUUUUGUUAUUGACAAAUGGUAACUUUUGUGUUAAUAUGUGUAUAUUGCUUCAUUGUUUGUUGACCAUUAAAUAGCUAUGGAUGUCUGCCACGUCAUGUGCUUAAGAUUCUCAUCACAAUGACCCUGAGUUGAAACACUGCAUGAUGUGCACGGUUCACAAUCUGGUUAGGACUUUCCACAGAUUGAAUUCAGCCUUUACUCUGUAAGUCUAAACAGGUUCAAGGCUAGGAUGUUGUGUUCUUCAUUUAUUGUUGAAACUUGUGAAACUUAACAAGUCAACUGUUAGGUCUGUUUGGCAAAUGCUUGAUAAUGAUAGUAAAUGACCAUCUAAACUGAGUUUAUUUUCCCCACUUCUAAAAUUGUAAGAACAGGGUUUAGCAUUAUACUCAUAAUUCACAAAAAAAGUGCUAUAACAAUUUGUAGUUCUUAUACAUGAAGAGAUAAAUAACCUUAUUCAACUUGUUUUUUGUUGAGAUGUUUGACACAUAGACCUUUUGUGUUCAUGUAUGUCUAGAUUUUUUUUUUUCAAAAUGAUGAGCUCAUUGAAUUAAACAAACUAUUCACAUUUCCAAAUCUCUGUGUUUUUCUUUUUUUUUUUUUUUUUAUUUAUUUCAUUGAGCUGAAGACUAAAAUGCAUUCAUUUAGGCCUUAUUAUUAUUAUUUUUUUUUUUCAUUUUAAUAGACAUUUAUUUAUUUCUGAGUUUUGUUGUUACAGCAAGUAAGACUAUUUGCCACUCCAGGACAGAUGAUCUAGUUCCAUUGUUCGACAUUUUUCUAAAAAGAAAUCAGUAUCAUAAUAUUAUUUGAUAUAUUGUGUAAUUUCAUUUAUGUCUAUGUACAUUUAUCACUUGCACUCAAAUUUCAAAGUUUUCCAAAAUAUAAACAACUCAGAUUGUGCUAAUCGCCACUUACAAACAGAUCCAAUACUUCCAUGCCUGUGACUUGAAACAUUGUAAAAUGAAAUUCAUUACCUUAGACAACAUAAACAAUAUUAUCAAAUCAGAUGGAACAAAAUUUAAAUGGAAAGUCAACCAAAAAAUG